UCUCAUGCAUUACGAUUCUGAUUGGCGCAAUCUAGUCAAGCACUUGAUCUCAGGCCAGGUUCCGUCGAACCACGAAGCUCAUCAACAUGUACCGGGCCCCGAUGGGCCUUCCCGUCGCGGGGUCUUCUCAAUUGCCAUCAUCUGCGCCUUACCACUCGAAUACGACGCGGUGUCCCUGCUGUUCGACGAGUCCUGGGACGAGCAGGACGGAGGAUAUGGCCGCGCAGCUGGAGACACCAACACAUAUUCAUUCGGCCGCGUGGGACGGCACAAUGUCGUGCUGGUAUUGCUUCCCAAUAUGGGCUCAUCGGUAGCGGCUGGGUCAGCUGCCAGCCUGCGUUCAAGCUUUCCUAGCUUGAGUCUUGCCCUCCUAGUUGGAGUGUGUGGUGGUGUGCCGGGGACGGGUGCUGAUGAGAGGCUGCUUGGCGAUGUUGUUAUCAGCAAAAUCGUUUACCAUGACAUCAGCAAGCAAUACCCAGCUAGCCUUGUCUUGAGAGACACGGUUGAAGAUGCUCUCGGCCGGCCGAAAAAAGAAAUCCGCAACCUGGUUACCAUUUUCGAGACCGAAGCAGGAGAAGAGCAACUACAAACCAAGGCAGGGUCCCAUCUUCAAGAGCUACAGGCAAGAGCGGUGCGGCUGAAUCGUCGAACCAACUACCAUUAUCCUGGGGUUGACGAGGAUAAACUGUUCGCAGCAGACUAUCGACAUGGUCACCACGAGCCGCAGCUGUGCGUGAUCUGCAACGAAGGGCCGCAGGGCUCUUGUCGGACAGCGGCUCAAGCUUCGUGCACCGAACUCGGCUGUGACGAGAGACGAUUGGUGCCAAGAACGCGUAUAGAGAUGAGACGCAGGAUGGCUCCAGAGGACCAGCAACGCCCUCGAGUCAUCAUUGGUAGCAUCUCGUCUGGAAAUAUUGUGAUGAAGUCCGGCGAGCACCGCGAUCAGAUUGCACAGGAACGUGGCGUGGUCGCCUUUGAGAUGGAGGGAGCCGGCGUGUGGGAUGAGGUGCCGUGCAUUGUCGUUAAGGGCAUCUGUGACUACGCAGACAGCCACAAGAACAAGGUAUGGCAGCCCUUUGCGGCGGCGGCGGCAGCAGCCGUGACCAAGGCGGUCCUCGGGCGUCACGCCUGCACAGACUAGGCUAGCCACGGCUGCUGCCCCUAUCUCGACAGCGCCCAUAAGGCUCCGAGACAAAGGCGUCCCACGUUAUCCUGCUGCUCAUCGAAGUACCUAAAUCAUCCCUGUCUCACCGGAAGUGGCAAGUGGCUGUGACAAUCGCAAGUACAUCGAAAAUGCUGUCAUUUCGCCCGAGGAACAAAGUAUCUCCAAACUGAACUGAUCAUAUUAGCUCAGAUCGCUGCAUUUCCUCCACUGUUUUCAUACCAGAGCCUCAUUGGCUUUAUGAAAAUAAAGCCACAGUCUGAUAAGAAUAGUUGGCAUCAACUGAUCGCGUGUUAAAGCGAA